AUGGACUCUGGAUAUAUUGACUCAGAAACUAUCAUACAAAACAUGCUUGCUGAAGGUUACACUCUUCUCAAUCAAACAAUUGAGAUCAUGACAAUCUACGGCCCCGCAGAAAUCUCCCUAACAGAAAUAGACGAGUUCUACAAAAUCAAAAUUCUCAUGGGUAUCUUUUUUGGCCUACGAGUCGGUGCCUCUGCUGUUGUUGCUAUUAUUCUCUUCCUCAUUACUGAAAACAAACGCACUCCCGUCUUUAUCUUUAACCAAAUCUCUCUCAUCAUUCUUUUUAUCCAAUCUUCUUUAUACCUACAGUACUUAAACUCUUCAUACAGUUUUAUCUCAACAAACUUUACAGGUUCCUACGAAGCAGUCACUUCAAACGAUACAAACAUAUCCAUUGCUUCCUCAGUCUUUCAGUUUUUACUCAUUUGUGCAGUCACAGUAUCGCUUUUCUUCCAAGUGAGAGUAGUGUUCCCUCCCUUUUCAAUGGCCCGUGUCGUUGCCUCCAUCAUCACUGGAGUCGCAUCUGUUCUCUGCUGUAUCAUCAACCUUCUCUUCAUCAUUUCUCGUUGUGCUUCAGCUAAAAAUCCAAACUCAAGUAUUUACGGUGAUGGUCACUUUGCAAAUAUCCUUCCAACUUUUUCACAAUACACAUUUGCCGCAACAAUUAUGCUUUGUAGUGUCACCCUAUUAGGGAAACUUGUCUUUGCCAUCCGUACUCGUCGCAUUCUUGGUCUCCGCCAGUUUGGUCCUCUUGAGAUCAUUGUCAUUAUGAGUGUCCAAACUAUGAUCAUCCCUGUCAUCCUCUACAUCAUCAACAAUACUCUUGGUUCAGGUGAUGCUGGUACAUAUGUCGCAGGUGUCGGUGCACUUGCCCCCCUUUCUGUUGUCAUCUUCCUCCCCAUGUCUUCCAUGUGGGCUUCUGCUGCAAAUACUAACGCCAUCUCUCGCCAGGAAAUGAUUUUCAAUAAUCACCGCAACUCUCAGAUUUGCUCCUGUGGGCGACCCAAAAAUGGUGACGAUGAUGAUGACACUUUUGACUACCGUUCACACACAACCUCAUACCACAACAGAAAAAUGGACAAAUAUUACUCCGAAACCGAGAAAAAUACACCAAACACCACUUGGGGUCGUCUCCAAAAGUUUUUCAUUAAAGUUGAACGUGGACUACACCAUGCUCUCACCUAUAAAAGUCGUAAAGCUGUUGUGCAGGCACGGGAACAGCGUCAAAAUGAUCUUGAGCUUAUGAACAACCGUGGGUCCAACUAUGAAGCUACUACUAAGCUGAGUAUUUCAAAUAUCAAUCCCCACAAUAAUGUGCAGUUUCAACAACAAGCCAACCCAUUUUCUGGUAUUCAUGCUGGUAACAUUUCUGCACUGGGAAUGGAUGACAUGUCAAAGAGGUCUGUAUCACUUAGCUCUCCAAACCCUGCUCAGGGGACCGUAUACUACGAAAGCGGCAUUUAUGACGGCAGCGCAGGCGUUCCUGUCAUGAAAGAAGAUCACUUAACUUCAGUGCAACGUGUGUCGAGUCACUCAGAGAGCAGUACUCCUGAAGACGAUGCGCACGGAGGAAUCAUUAUAAGCAAGUCGGAUAUCAAUUCUCCAACAGACACUGUUACAUCAAACGCAACAACUCAAAAAAUCAUGGGAGGACAAGCAGGUGCUUCAAGAAAUAGCACGCAGGUGUUUCAGUUUAACUAUGACGAAAACAGAAACAUUGCAUAUGAUGAUGACUUGUUGAGUUUGAAUGGAGACGAAAAUGACGAAGAAUACUAUCACAGAAUGAAGUCAAAGUAUAACUCAACCUACCUAAAAUGA